AUGCAAUCCUCGCUCACGAAAUCUACUUCUUCGUUUCUCACAUCGUCGAGGCGACACUUUUCUCGCACAAGCAGCAGUUUCAGCAGCAGACAUAAACAACAACAACAGCAACACAAAAGAAAAUCAUCUUUCGUCACCAAAGCUGGCGCCGAGGAGGAGGAACUCAUGCAAAAGUUAAUGGCCAUGAUUGGCGGUGGAGCUCCUGCCGGGAGACCUCCGAAAGGGCAAAUGAUCGCGAAGGAGAGCGCGAUUAAAGGGAGAGAUUCGGAGAUGCGAGUGACGGAAGAGCACUACGUUUUGAAAGGAAACUCGAUCAAAUCGUUCCCUUCGAACGUGAAAACGUGCGUCUUCGCUACGGGAUGUUUCUGGGGCACCGAGAAGAUGUUUUGGCGGUUACCGGGCGUGUAUUCCACCUCGGUUGGAUACGUCGGUGGGUACACGAAGAACCCGACGUACGAGGAGGUGUGCUCUGGUAUGACUGGGCACACGGAAGCGGUGCAAGUCGCCUACGACCCGACCGUGAUUUCCUUCGCCGAUUUGUUGGCCAUGUAUUUCACCAACCACGACCCGACGCAAGGCAUGCGACAAGGCAACGACGCCGGGACGCAAUACAGGUCUGGCGUGUAUUGCAAAGAUAAAGAACAAUACGACAUGACUUUAUCCGCAAAAAAAGCGUACCAAGAAGCGCUCGGGUCGACCAGAGGUGAAAUUACGAGCGAAAUCCCGGAAGAUUUCAACAUGCCGUACUACUUCGCCGAAGACUACCAUCAACAAUACUUAGCGAAACCGGGGAGCCGACCGUACUGCUCCGCGCAACCAACUGGAACUGCGAUGCCGGAAACUUGGCUGAAAGAAAACGGUGCCAAGUUGUCUGGAUCGUUUUGGAACACGUACGGGCCGAGACCGGGUUGCACCAUCGGUGUUCCCAACGAACCGAUUCCCUUGGAGACGGCGCUCAAAGCGUGA